ACUCUACAUACUUCCCCGAGGUCAACUUUUGUGACUCAGCCGCUCGGAUAUAAUGUGGAAGGAUUAAAGAUCUCUCCGAAAUGUACAUCUAUUUCAAGUUUAAUGGUGAAACGUUCGUUGUCCCAGAUGUGAAUCUCCAUGACGGCUUCCUACCGAUGGUCGGCAAAGUGGGAGGGGACUUGAAAUUUAUUGAGCCCGGAAUUUGGUUUAAAACUUUGAUAAUCGACUCCGUUUUGGUUGAGUGUGAUUUCAAAGUCCUGCGAUGGAUAAAAUCAAACGACAAUCUAUGUCCAUUGUCGCCAGAGGAACGGGCUUCAAUGUCGCCAGAUAAACAACUAGAAGUCCUCGGUCUUAAAGAGAGUACAGAAAGCAGUCAGUGCAUGGAAUUUGAUUCGGAAGUGGAUGAUUUAUUUCACUCUGCUAGGGCCUUUUUUGAAAAUCCACAAAUCUUACCACUAAGAGCUUCUGUAUGUAUGAGUGUUGAGCCAGACAUUGAAGAUCAUCUGCCAUCUAGAUUCAACCAGGAGAUUCUCCGUUUGGUACACUGCUAUAUUUUACCAUCUAUUAACCUGAACAUUGAUGAUUCACCUUCUCUGAAGACAGCUCUCCAAUGUAUUGAAGUUUGUCUAAAAAAUGCGGAAACAGAAAUCCUUCAAAAAGACAAGGCUAUUUCGUUGACUGAGAGUUCAUUGCGUAAGCAGAGGGAUAGUUUUCUUAAGGAUCCAAAAUUUGAAAGAGAAAGCUACAUCAGGGAAUGCAAUGUUGAUUUCUUAAAGUUAUUUCUCCUUCAUUUGGAAAAAGAUAUUCAACAAGAAGCUGAACAAAUGCAAAGAUGUCAAACCCAUGUCAAUGAGUUGAGGGACAUUCAAGGUAACCACGUGAAGGAGCAGUUGGAUAGAGCUCGCAAAGAGAGGGAUAAAGUACACCAAGUACUUAUAAAAAUGCAAAUGAUGCGUGAAAAUAUCAAGAAUGUAGUUGUUCGUCAACAAAUACAAUCAUCCAGAAGGAGAAGAUCACGGAAAGUAAGUUUAAAAGUAUUCCAUGAGAUUUACUUGGAGAUCACAGUGAGACUUCGAAGUGAAAAGGAAGUCAUGCACAAACUAAUUCUAAGGAAGGUGAAAAUAGCAUCAGUCAGAGAAGCUAUUUGUUUGGCACUUGGAGAACUGGAUACAGUAGGGCAUUCAUUGGGUUGGCAGUCACUUUAUGAUGGAGCCUGCAGUUCAACCGAUGUUGGAAUCUUGAGUACUAAACCAAAGGAAUGGACAACCAUUGGGGAACGAGUCUCAUCUGUUGUCAACAGUGGUGACAUACAGCACCAGUAUCAUCAUUUCUGUGAAAAUAUUUUACAGAAAAUCGAUGGAUCUAUGGAUGAAACUAGUUUCCUUUCUCAAUUGUCAGAAGAUGGCCAAGAUCCAGAAUGUGAAGGAUUUGUGAACAUUUGUAAACAUGAAGGUUUCCCAGAUAUAAAUGCUAAUAAAGACAAACUGUUAUCCUCCCAGCAUGCCCAGUCAAAACCAGUGUUGGACCAUGGAGAAGUUUACCACUCUAACACACUGCCACUUCACUCACUCAUGGACUCUGUUAAGUCUGAGAUAAAAAAGCACAUGGAUGAAAUGUGUCAGCGCAUAAUUUAUAUCCUCAGACAAGAAGAUCUGAGAGAAAAUUCAAAAACAAGGCAGAAGAACAAUAAGGACACAUAUAAAAAUGUUUGGCUUUGCUAUGAAUCUCAUUUGUAUGAGAGAAUUUCUGUCAGACUGAAUAUGCUGUAUGAAAACAGAUACAAGAGAAAGUCAACAAAUUUGGCAGAGAAACUUGUAGGGGUUUCUAUGAAUGAACUUGGCAUUGAUGAUCCCUGGCUAGCGAUUGUAAGUGAACCAGAGGACUGGGAAAACACCGAACGAAAGGUACCUUUGGAUGAUAUGGACUCUGUAACACUAAGGAAUCCUGGAAAAAGUGGGAACAAAAGACAAGAUCAGAUAAAAAAGUUAUCGAGCACACUUGGAGCAAUGUCCAUUGAUAGACUUUAUCUGUGUGCUAAUAGAGAGUUGGAGGAUAUGGGAGGCAUUGAUGAUUUUCCAUUUAGUGAGACUGAGGAGGAUGACACAGAAAGUGAGAUGUAUUCAUGGCAAGGAGGAAAUCGAAGAAAUGAGGUGAACACAAAACCUCCAUCCUAUCAGGAGGCUUCAGCAAUGGCUGAUACAUCAGACGCCCAUCUACCUCUACCGUCAUACGAGGAAGUAUCUAAAAUGCCAGAGGGUGCUGAAAUAUUCACAUCUCUGAGUGAUACAGAGGUGCUGUCCUCUGGUGGCAGAAUGCAGAGUCUCUCAUCUGAGGAAUCUGUAAGAAGGUUCAGCAGCAACAUCGAGGAGGUGAUCAAAGUAGCACCAAUUAAUUUAAAAAUGAAAAAUAUCACAAAAGCUUUCAAGAUAGUUGCUAAGGAGGUAUCCAAGUUAAAAGUGGAUUCCUCUCCCCCUGGCUGUGUAUACCAACCGUGUGCAGACGACAUGCUUACGGUAAUCAUUGUCAUGCUGACUCAACUGGAAAAGGAAAUGUUCACAAAACUUUAUGCCCAUUUGAACAUGGUCCUUGACUUGAUGCCUCCAUUCAUGAAUGGAAGUGAACAUGACUGUGCUCUGAUGAAUUUCCACAUCGCUUUCCAGUACCUGUUUGAUAGGCACGUCCUGAAUCAGGCGAGGAGCAGCAGAGAACUGGAUUUGUGAGUUAUUUCCUGCAUGUCACUGGUGAGAACUGGAUAUCACUGAGACAGUUCAAUGACGGACUGGAAUGUUUUGAUCUUCCCUCAUUUUGAUUAGAGCAUGGAAUUAUUAACCUCAAUAUCUUUGAGAAAUGUUUGAUUUAUGAUUUAUUUUCCCUCACCUCAUUGGUAGAGAGUUUGAUUUGUGAAUUAUCUCCCUGUCAUGUCAUUGAUGGUGAGUUUGAUUUGUGAGUUAUCUGCCCUUCACAUCAUUGAUGGAGAGUUUAAUUUGGUUGAUAUAUUCCGCUUGUAUCAUUGGUGAAGCGUUUGAUUUGUAAGCUAUCUGCCCCUCAAGUCAUUGAUGGUGAAUUUGAUUGGUGAGUUAUCUGACCCUUACAUCAUUGAUGGUGAGUUUGAUUGGUGAGUUAUCUGCCCCUUACGUCAUUGAUGGUGAGUUUGAUUGAUGAGUUAUCUUCCCCUUACAUCAUUGAUGGUGAGUUUGAUUUGUAAGUUAUCUGCCCCUUACGUCAUUGAUGGUGAGUUUGAUUUGUAAAUUAUCUGCCCCUUACAUCAUUGAUAGUGAGUUUAAUUUUUGAGUUAUCUGCCCCUUACGUCAUUGAUAGUGAGUUUGAUUUGUAAGAUAUCUGCCCCUUACAUCAUUGAUGGUGAGUUUGAUUGAUGAGAUAUCUUCCCCUUACGUCAUUGAUAGUGAGUUUGAUUUGUAAGAUAUCUGCCCCUUACGUCAUUGAUAGUGAGUUUGAUUUGUAAGAUAUCUUCCCCGUACAUCAUUGAUAGUGAGUUUGAUUGAUGAGAUAUCUUCCCCUUACGUCAUUGAUGGUGAGUUUGAUUGAUGAGAUAUCUUCCCCUUACGUCAUUGAUUGUGAGUUUGAUUUGUUGAUCUUCUGUUAUCUCCUUGUCCCGAAGGGCAAGUGAGCUUAUGCCAUGGUGCAGCGUCCGUUGUCCGUCCGGCCGUCUGGCGUCAACUUUUUCAUUAAAACAACUUCUUCUCAAUAAUCAA